AUGUCUUCUACUGAAUCCUCUGAAUUCUCUGAAUCCUCUGAAUUCUUUGACGAGGAGUCCAUUAAUUAUGAGGUUCCGUCAUUGGAGAAACUCACGUUUAACGAAAUUGUCUUGGUGGUAGAUUGCGAUACUGCUAGCUUUGGUAGGGGAAAAGAAGAAGUUAUUGAUCCUCAAUAUCGAAAAGCUGGGAAGCUUGAGCCCCAGAAUUUCUUGACCAGCUUUCAUCCAGCAGAUUUCGGAAUUCUUCAAAAUCUCGAGCAAAUUCUCCUUCCGAACUUUAACACAGACAAGCAAAACUCUCUACCGUUCCGGAAACUGAGUGCCGAGUUAUACAAACUGAAUGUUUACUCGGCACCGUCUGGCCUUUUCCGGAAGCAUGUUGACACACCGCGAUGCCCGAGCCAGAUCGGCUCAUUGGUCGUUUGUUUGCCUUCUCAUUUUAAAGGGGGCAACUUGGCCGUUCGGCAUGAGGGGAAACAAGUUGAUUUUGACUGGAGUCACCAGAGUGCGUCUGCGAUUCAAUGGGCAGCAUUCUAUAGUGACUGCGAGCACGAGAUCGAGACGAUCACGGAAGGCGACCGCAUCACCUUGACAUACAACCUCUACGCAACUGAGCCAGCGGGGGGUUCAAUUCCGCCAAGCUUGAUUGUUGAUCCAAAGAUCUUCCCGCUCUACAGUUUCCUGAAAGAACUCAUUAUCCAGCCUGGCUUUAUGAAAAAAGGCGGCGCUUUAGGGUUUUACUGCUCUCACGCUUAUCCUCAUGCGUCCAAUGAGGCUGAAAAGCUACUUCCCAGGGCACUUAAGGGAGCUGACCUUGUGUUGUACUCUGUUUUCAAAUCACUUGGGAUAUACAUCGAAGUUCUCCCUGUGAUCCCAGAAGGUUACUACUAUAGACCCAACCGAAGCAAGGUGCGAAUUGGAGACGAGCUAUGUCCAUUCAUUAUCACCGGCACCCGUGACGAUACGGUAGAUCCGGUUGUGUUGUGA